AUGCUUCGUUCAUCGCUUGGGUUUGGCAAGCAUCGAGUCCCGGCUCUGAGGCCAUCUGUCGGCGGUCGCUGGCUGAAGGCUGCCUCUACAGCGACUCAAUGGAGUCAGACACGCAAAUAUGCCUCUGUCACCAGUCUGGACAGCUUCCCUGAGGUGGGAGAACAACUGCACGGCUUCACCGUCCAAGAAAAGAAGCAUGUCCCGGAAUUACACCUCACAGCGGUCCGAUUGAGACACGACAAGACACAUGCCGAUUACCUCCAUGUGGCUAGGGAUGAUAAGAACAAUGUUUUUGGAAUCGGAUUUAAAACAAACCCCCCGGAUGCUACUGGUGUGCCCCAUAUUUUGGAGCAUACGACUUUAUGCGGUAGUGAGAAGUACCCUAUCCGGGAUCCUUUCUUCAAGAUGCUCCCUCGAUCCCUUUCAAACUUCAUGAAUGCUUUCACCUCAUCCGAUCAUACCACCUAUCCCUUUGCGACAACGAAUCAGCAAGAUUUCCAAAAUCUCUUGUCUGUUUACCUGGAUGCUACUCUUCAUCCCCUCUUGAAGGAGGAAGAUUUUAGGCAGGAAGGCUGGCGUCUGGGACCCGAGGAUCCUCGAGCUAUUCAGACUCAAGAGGGAAAUUUGAAACCAGAAGACAUCCUAUUCAAAGGUGUCGUGUAUAAUGAGAUGAAAGGUCAGAUGUCGGAUGCGAACUAUCUCUAUUGGAUUAGAUUCCAGGAAAACAUUUUCCCCGCCAUUAACAACUCCGGAGGUGACCCUCAGUAUAUCACCGACUUGACUCACAGCGAACUCGUGAAGUUUUCAAAACGGAAUUACCAUCCUAGCAACGCUAAAAUCCUGACCUAUGGUGACUUACCCUUAGACGGUCACCUAAAGCAAGUCGGAGGCGUACUAGAUGGAUUUCUAAAGGAAGAAUCGGAUGCGACGGUCAAGAUGCCCAUGGACCUUAGUCGGGGUCCCGUGAAUGUGACUGUUCCGGGCCCAAUUGACACAUUUGCUAGUGAAGACAAGCAAUUCAAGACUUCCACCUCAUGGUACAUGGGUGAUACCACAGAUAUUGUCGAAACAUUCUCUGCCGGUAUCCUCUCCUCUUUGUUGUUGGAUGGUUAUGGAUCGCCGAUGUAUAAGGCCUUGAUUGAGAGCGGCUUAGGUUCCUCAUUUACACCAAACACAGGCAUCGAUACUUCAGGCAGGGUUCCCAUUUUCUCAAUCGGUGUGAACGGUGUGAGCGAAGAUCAGGCACCUUGUGUGAAAGAGGAAAUCCAGCGAGUGUUCCAAGAAUCCUUGUCUAAGGGCUUUAAUGACGAGAAGGUUCAGGGAUUCCUUCACCAGAUGGAACUUGCUUUACGGCAUAAGACCACCAACUUUGGUCUCGGUGUUAUCCAGAAAACGAUCUCGUCCUGGUUUAAUGGCUCCGACCCCAUGAAGGAGCUUGCCUGGAAUGAGAUCGUCAAUGCUUUCAAGAGCAAAUACGAAAAAGGAGGCUACCUCGAAUCCUUGAUGCAGAAAUACCUCAUGAACGACAAUUGUCUCACGUUCACAAUGGUCGGCACACCUUCUUUUAACAAAGAGCUAGAUGACAAGGAAAUGGUGCGAAAGGAGAAGAAGUUUGAACAGCUAGUUGCGCAGUAUGGCUCUGUUGAAAAGGCAGUUAGUGAGCUUGGCAAAGCAGAGCUCCAGUUGCUUGAAAUUCAGGAAAAAGCCCAGCAUGCUGAUCUCAGCUGUUUGCCCUCUCUGCGCGUUGAAGAUAUCUCACGCGACAAGGAGCGCAAGCCAGUUCGCGAGUCCAAAGUUGACGAUACAGAAGUUGUAUGGCGCGAGGCACCUACCAACGGUUUGACGUAUUUCCAGGCACUCAAUGCUUUUGCAGAUCUUCCUGAUGAUCUACGUUUACUUCUGCCCCUAUUCAAUGAUUGCAUCAUGCGUCUCGGAACCCCAACCAGAUCCAUGGAGCAAUGGGAGGACCUCAUCAAGCUAAAGACUGGCGGUGUCUCGACCUCGUCUUUCCACACCUCGUCUCCAACUGAACUUGGAAGAUUCACCGAGGGCCUUCAGUUCUCUGGCUUCGCUUUGGACAAAAACAUCCCAGAGAUGCUCGAGAUUUUGACCACCCUUGUUACAGAGACGGACUUUACCAGCCCCUACGCACCUGGAAUGAUCCAGGAGCUGCUGCGACUUACCACUAACGGAGCUCUCGACUCCGUCGCUGGAACUGGUCAUCGGUAUGCGCUGAAUGCCGCUGCUGCAAGUCUUUCGCGCAGUUUCUGGGUACAAGAGCAACAGGCUGGUUUGGCACAACUGCAAGCGACCGCAAAUCUUCUUCGCGAUGCUGAAACCUCCCCUGAGCGCCUUGCCGAGCUGAUCGAAAAGCUUCGUCUGAUCCAAUCCUUCGCGGUCUCUAAGACUUCAGGACUCCGUGUGCGUGUUGUGUGCGAGCCUAGCAGUGCUAGCCACAAUGAGUCCGUCUUGCAAAAAUGGAUUGGCGGUCUGCCAGACAUUCAGUCGCCAACCUCGGCUCCGGAAGCCUUUGCCUCAAAUUUGGCUGUAACGAAGGCGUUUUAUGACAUGCCUUACAAGGUCUACUACUCCGGGUUGGCUCUGCCUACUGUUCCUUUUACACACUCGUCCAGUGCCGCACUGAGUGUGCUCUCUCAGCUUCUCACCCAUAACUAUCUUCAUCCUGAGAUUAGAGAAAAGGGAGGAGCAUAUGGCGCGGGAGCCAGUAACGGCCCGGUUAAGGGAAUGUUCGCAUUUACUAGCUACCGUGACCCUAACCCUAUCAACACUCUCAAGGUUUUCCAGAACAGCGGUGUGUUCGCAAGAGACCGUGCUUGGUCUGAUCGAGAAAUCAACGAGGCCAAGCUGGGUAUUUUCCAAGGCCUCGAUGCCCCAGUGAGUGUUGAUGAGGAAGGAACCCGGUACUUCGUGAGUGGCAUCACCUACGAAAUGGACCAGCGUUGGAGAGAGCAGGUGUUGGAUGUCACUGCAAAGGAUGUAAACGAGGUUGCGCAAACAUUCCUCGUCGACGGCUCUCGACGAUCUGUUUGCCUUCUGGGUGAGAAGAAGGAUUGGGCCGAGCCUGAAGGCUGGGAGGUGCGAAAGCUUUCCAUGAACCCUGAUGAUUCUGGAGCGUCUCCUGCAGACGUGGAAGGUGCCCAUGCUUCUGCCUAA